UUUGUUGAAAUUGGCAUUAUUCUCUCUGUUGUCUCUGAGAUAAUGGGAUAACUUUUCUUUUCCGGUGAAUUUUCAGGUGAAUUGGGGGAUUACGAUCCCGAGAUCCACGAAGGGAACUAUAUCUCCGAGCACAAAUUACUGAAGAUACAGACGACGACGAUCGAGGAGAAAGCGAUGGAGCUGCAUCAGGGUCAGCUGAAAGGGUUCACACCGGAACAGUCGGAAAACUACUUCCUUAGGAUAGCCUCGCAAUUGGACACGUACGCGGUCGAUCCACAUCCGGUCAAGGAUCCUGACAAGGGCACGCAGCUUCAUCUAGGCAUUAACCACUGCGGGAUCCUGACAUUCCAAGACUCACGGAAGAUACAACAUUUCCGCUGGUCGGAAGUUCAGAAGAUCAAUUUCGAAGGGAAGAUGUUUAUCGUGCAUGUGACGAUAAACGAGGACUUGAGGACGAAGAAAAAACACCUCGUCGGGUUCAAAUGUCCCACGGCAACGAACUGUCGUCACGUAUGGAGGUGCGCCAUCGAACAGAUGCUAUUUUUUACCUUGCCGAGGGCGUCGGACGCGCCGGUGGUGAGUGGCGGCUCCAUCUUCUCGUGGGGAUACAAGUUUAAAUAUACCGGAAGAACGGAGAGGGAGGUUCUGGAGGAGGCAGGUCCACUCCGGAAGGAGGAACCGCCGAUACAACGCUGCCAGACAACGUGUUUGAGAAGAAAGGCCAGCAGCGUACCGGCCACUCCCAGCACGCCGAGCCAGGACCUCGUCGAAAUACGAUAUUCCAGUCUGCCACGUAGCUGUCAUAGCGCGGGCUUGGACGGCACCGGGAUGCUGGAGGGUGGCGCGGGGGUUCCCCUCAGUUCGCCCUACUGCCCAGACAAUACCCUGCCUCUUCUGGAGACUGUAUCCGAGGACCAAGAGAUUCAUGCCAGGAGAAACAACGCCGUAGACGAAAAUGAUACGCAUGCGAGUGCCACCCACACGUCUACUACUACCAUCACCACCACCACUACCACCACCACCACCUCCAACACCAUCACCACAAACCGUGCGAAAGCCAAACUGAAAUUUCCCAAGAGCACGCUGAACCGACCGCAACCGUUGUACAGUCAGAAAAUAGUGAUAGGCUCGGAGGAGCUGGCGGGCCGCGACGUCGAGCACGUUGUGCGGCAGCGCAUUAACGACCUGAUUAACGAGCGGUGCCCGAUGGUGGUGCGGUCGACUGCUUUGAUAAUCAAGAGCUCGAAGGCGCCGGCGAGCGCCAACGGACGAGUCCCCGUCAGAGGCGUGAACCCCGCGCGCGACGAGCACGACGGUAAAGGUACGCGGGUAGAGGUAAGCGAGCUCGACGCCGAGGUAGGCCGCGGAUCGACGACGACGAAGACUGCCAACGGUUGCGCGAAUCUGGCAAACGUGAGGUCGGGGCUGUCGAAUGGAUUCGAUCGCUCGGGACGACGGGAGACAGCAGUCGGUCAGCACGAGGGCGAGGCGAACGAUUACUACUUCAGGGACUCUUUCGAUCACUCCUCGUCGGAAAGCCAGCUGCUGGACGCGUCUGGCAAACCGCACAGCCGCUCGGUCACGCCGAUACCGAAGAUGCAGAAGCUCCAGAACUCCAAGCUUUGCCUCCAGCAGCAACAGCAGCAACAUCACCAGGGCGUGCGGCGUGCGGCGGGCGGCAAGACACUCAGACACAGGAGUCUGCACGUGGUCAGGAUCUUUAUACCGGCGUUCAUGCUGACGAUCACGGUGCUGUUCAUCGUGACGGUGUUGGUGUUCGAGACGGACACGACGCUCUUCAACAGCCUGCGCAAGACGCCGGAAAUGGUGGCCUUAAGGAGCCAAUAUUACGUUCCGAUCAAGGAGUUCCUGCGGACCAAGCUCGGCCUAUUCUGAUGCGACAAGAUGACUGGGCCGAGGUCGUUCUAUGUCAUCGCGUAGCUCGCUCUCCCUUCAGUGCCAAGUUGUCAGGACGGACUCGUGACUCGGACUCGAUUGAGAGAAAUCUUACGGCCCCCACAAGGUCGCGGAAAAAAGAAAGGAAGGAGGUGCACAUCUCUUUUCCCUAUCUCUCUGGUUUCCAUCAGCCUGUGCGCGCCGUCGCGUCGCAGCUUGGUCGCACGAGCGUAAGUGCUUCGGACCGAGAGAAGACCGAGUGCUACCAAAAGCUUAAAAAUAGGUUGGAACGGAGAGGAGAGACGAGAAAUAUCGCGUUGUCGGAAGAUCAGACAAAGUCGGAAUCUCGCGUAGUAGAAACGCGAGUUCUAAUGUAACUCGACCGACAGGAAAUCAGAAUUCUGUAUAAAGGAAAAAAAAAAAACUGUACAAAGAUUGUAUUUAAUCGGGAUGUAAGCAGGAUGUAUGUAUAGAAUUGUGUUUAUACGUUUCUAUUUUAUCGGAAAUGUUCUUAAAUUGUUUACGCCAUUUUUACGAAAAACGGCUUUACGGCCGAGUGUUUUAUUUCAUCCGACUUUUCAUCAGUUGAUUCGCUAUCAUGCGAGUUGUUGCUGACUCGUCUACUAUUUUGGCAGGAUGUGAAUCCACAAAAACCUGAACUAUAUUUAUCUUGCAGAUGAUAUCAAGUCCCGCCAAUUUUCCUUACGAAAUAACAACCUCUUGCGGAAAUAUUUUUGCAAUGUAAUAGAAUAUACUUGUUUAAUAAGCAAUACUGAUAGCAGACUUAUUAAAUAUAUUUCAAUAAUAAAUUUUAAUAUUUCUA